AAGAGCUUGAGGAAAAUGAUGGACUCCGCUUUUCCUGAAAAGGAAGAUCUGCAGUACUGUUUUGAGGACAUAAAUGGAUCGUGUUACAAAAUAACACGAUCUCCUGCACUCCGAGUAGUUUUGUACUUUGUUCUUGGCUUUCUCACAAUUCUUACCGUAGGAGGAAACCUGAUGGUAAUUAUUUCAAUUACUUACUUCAAACAGCUUUACACUCCUACAAACUUUUUGAUUGCAUCUUUGGCCUAUGCUGAUUUUAGCUUAGGUCUGAGUGUACUGCCUUUCAGCGCUGUCAGAUCCAUUGAAACCUGCUGGUUCUUUGGGGAAACCUUCUGUAGAUUUCACAGUUGCUUAGUUGCAUUGUUUUGUUAUGCAUCAAUAUUUAACUUGUGUUUCAUCUCAGUUGAUCGGUUUGUUGCUGUCAAUGACCCUCUGAUUUAUCCUCUCAGGUUCACAGUGCCAGUGUCUGGACUGUUCAUAGCUGUGGCCUGGGCACUCUCCAUACUGUACAGUUUUUCAGUCUUCUACACUGGGGCUAAUGAUGAAGGGGUAGAAGAAUCAAAGAAUGCUCUCCCCUGUGCAGGGAAAUGUCAAAUUACUUUCAAUAAGACCUGGGUGUUCAUAUCCUCUCUCCUUUAUUUCAUACCUUUUCUGACAAUGAUAGUCCUUUACAGCAAAAUCUUCCAAGUGGCUAAACAGCAAGCUCGAAUGAUAGAGAGCAUGAGCAACAAAACGCAGUCCUCAGAUAAUUACAGUGACAGAGUGGGAAAAAGAGAGAGAAAGGCUGCUAAAACACUAGGUAUAGCUGUGGUUGCUUUCUUGGUAUUCUGGGCACCUUAUUGUAUGUGUGUAAUAACUGAUACUUUCCUUGACUAUGCAACUCCACCUUUUGUUGUUGACAUUGUAAGUUGGCUUGCUUAUUCAAACUCUGCCAUUAAUCCUUUGAUUUACUCUUUCUUUUAUGCUUGGUUUCGUAAAGCAAUGAAAGUGAUUGUGAGCUGUAAAAUAAUAAUGUAUGAUUGCUCAGCAAUGAAUUUAUUGUCAGAAUGGUAAUGCAAUAUAUUUCUCCUAUGUUCCCAUUAGAGAUCACAGAAAGUCCUGUAGGUAUUGAAUUUUGAAUUGUGGUAUUUUUGAUUUUCAGGUUUACUACAUGAUUUUUUUGAUCUGAAUGAAAAGAAUUCUUAAGUAAAAGUGUGUUGGCUAUUUAUUUAAAAAUAUUUUUGCAAGUGUUGUAAAGUGAUCAUAAUUUUUUUGUAGCCCUUCUGCCAAGCACAGGUUGGCAGUGAGAAGGGCUGGGUUCACAUUCCUGUGUACUCGAUGAGUUAUAUCAGGGGCUUGAGCCCCUACCCUGAGAUCUGGGAACACUAAAUUUGCUGAUGUGUCCUACAUAAACAAAAACCCAUCGUCGCAAGCAGCAUAAACACAAAAGAAGAUAUUUAUUACAGAGAAUAAAGGCAAGGAAAACACAGGAAAACACUAAAUACAAUUGAAAAUACUAUUAACUACGAGGCAAAGUCUAAAGGUUGCACCCUCUUGGGGAGGCUUUAUCCAUGUCCAGGCAGUCUGGCACUUGGGAGGGGUUCCCUAAAGGGUAGUUUCAGGGUCUUGCACCCCUAUACCUGCCCUUCAACAAUGGGCUGCAGAGGGCAGCCCACACUGGAGAGUCCUCUGAGCUGCUCCUUGGGUUUGCUGCAUUGCAGGAAGCUGCUCGAAAGUAUAGGUACUUCUGUGUUGCAAGGGGACAUGUUGCUCUUGCAGAAGUUGUAGAGUGCCAACGUCCACUUCUGCAUGGUGGCUUUGAGGGGUUAACUGUGACUUUCAUCAGCAUACUGCAUCCCAAAAUUCCUCUUCCUAAUCCCAGCUCUGCUGAGACAG